AUGUCUUCCGCUCGCCGUCCGGACGCUGUUACCACGACCUGCUUCGCGACGCCUGUCUUGGAGGACACGAGAGCUCUCGAACACGACAAUUCGACGCUUCGCUGUCGGCGGGCCGCCAGUUCGCCUAUACGCCGGCGAAACAUUCACUCAAAUACGCUGCACAUCCCCUUGGCUGCCUCUCUGUUCCCGACACACAUCAACGCCGUCGUCCUGCGCAGCUCAGGACGAUGGAUCCUCGACGCCUCCACCGGCCAACGGGUCAAACUCCGCUGCGUCAAUUGGGCAGGGCACAUGGAAACCAACAUCCCUGAAGGCCUCCAGCACCAACCAGCCAGCACCAUCGCCCAAUGGAUCGCCACCAACCGCUUCAACUGCGUUCGCCUCACCUUCUCCAUCGACAUGGCGCUCAACCCCAACCAACGUGUGUCCGACUCGUUCACCGCAGCAGCCGGACCAGCCGGCGUGAGCGUCUCUGAGAUGCAGGGUUUGUACAACCAAGCACUCUCCAAGAACCCCUGGUUAUCUUCGUCCACGACGAGAGGGGCCUUCGCACGCGUCAUCCAAGAACUCGAAGCGCGCAAUGUUCUCGUCGUGCUCGACAACCACGUCUCCCGCGCCUCCUGGUGCUGCAGCACCAACGACGGGAACGGGUGGUGGGCCUCCGCCUCGGGCUACGACGCCAACAACAGCCGGUAUUUCGACACCAACAACUGGCUCAACGGCCUGCGGAGCAUGGCGUCGUUCUCCCACUCCCACCCGAACGUCGUCGGCAUCGCCCUCCGCAACGAACUCCGCGCUGUAGGGAACCAGGAUAGGAACAACCACGCCGAUUGGUACAAUUAUAUCACCCAGGGGGCGCAGGCCGUGCGCGGUGCGAACUCGAACCUCCUCGUCGUGGUCGGCGGCGUGAACUACGCGCUGGACCUAAGCUUCGUCUGGAACCGCAUGCUCGACCGCAACGUGUUCGGCGACAAGCUGGUGUGGGAGCUACACAACUAUGCAUGGAGUGGCGGAGGACGGGAUUGUAAUAACCACCAGAAGAUGAUGGGUGAUCGGGGCGGAUUUGUUCUGAUUCAGAACAGGGAGUUCACGGGACCGCUGUUUUUGAGCGAGUUUGGGUGGGCGCAGAAUAAUCCUUCGGCGGAUGAGAUCGCUUAUUCCUCGUGCCUUGUGCGGUACCUCGAGAGUAACGAUGCGGAGUGGGCGUAUUGGGCGUUGCAGGGGUCGUAUUAUGUGCGGGAGAGGAGAGUUAACUUUGACGAGACGUUCGGUCUUCUCAAUCACGAUUGGAGCGGAUGGAGGAAUGGGAGUUUCGUGCGAACUCUGGGGAAGAUGUGGGAUGUUACUCAAGGUCCUUAG